AUGGCAUCUUUAUUAAAUAAACAAUUUAAUACCUGGCCUCAUCAAAUGCCUGAGAAUAUUACAAAUAUAAAUACAGCAUCUAUUGAUAAUAAUGAACAAAAUAAUAGAAGUUCGGCUCCAUCAGUUCGUAAGAGAACCCGAGCUACUGCUGAUCAAUUAUCUGUACUAGAAGAUACUUUUGCAGUUAACGUUAGUCCUAAUUCAAAAUUAAGAAAACAAUUGGCAGAACAACUUCAAAUGACUGAAAGAUCUAUCCAAAUUUGGUUUCAGAAUAGAAGAGCUAAAGUAAAGCAUAUGCAAAAGAGAGCCCAGAUGCAAAUGCAUCAAGCUUCUAUUCGUGCACAAUAUUUCCAUCAGCAGCCUGUUUUACAGUCUUAUUACUACCCAGCUCGUUAUCCAGCUCGAGCUCAUAGUAUAGACGCUGUGCACUUGUCAGAGGCUUACAAUACAAUGACUUAUCCUCCCUAUUUUAACCAACAACAUUUAAGUUGGAUGCCUUCUUUACAGAAUGAUACACCAUUGACAAGACAAAGUAUGCCGCCUCAUCCUUACGAUCAUCAUAUUGAGCCACUCUUAAAUACAUUGGAUUUUCCAGAAUAUAUGUCGUCUGGACCAUCCAUGUCACCCUUCUCAAGUCCUCAAGUGAAUAAAUCUACUGUGCCUACCUUGAUUUCAGUUCCUGAUGCAGGUCCAACCGCCGUUUUGACUACGAGUGAUUUGACAAACUCCAUUUCUGGUCCUACUCCAUCAUCUAAGGCUUCUUCUUCUUAUUCUUCAGCUUCUUCUCCAGAAACAAUAAAUGCACAACAAGUAUCUACAAUUGAUCCCUCUGAUUUAAUAAAGCAUUCCUCCGUGACUUCAUUUACUGAAGAUACAGAAACAAUACCCUUGACACCCAUAGAUGUUAAAACAGAACAAGUAAAUGAUGAAGAACCAAAGGACCUAUAUCUUAGUGUCAGUGCUUUAACAAUCGGUACCUGGCAUCGUUUAAAAAUGCAUGAUACUGACCUAGUCUGUGUCUAUCGACCUGACACAAGAAUCUUUGCAUGGCAUAUAGUGGAUGGUGGAUGCCAUUUCAAAAUGGAAGUUGCUCAAAAUGCUGUCUCUAGUAUCGAAUUUGUAGUAAAUGAAGGGUUAGCAGAUGUUCAUUUUGAUAUUAGCGAGCCUCCCUUAUUUUAUAUGGAAUCGAUUGCUAUUAACAAGACGCCAUCAAAUGAUAAAAAGAAAAAAAGGACUACAGAUGACGAAGUAGCAUCCCCAAUAUGGGUUCAAUGUUCUGAUUUUACUGAAGGCAAACAAGCAUCUCGAUUCUUUAGACAUACAUUAAAAGGCGUAACUCAUCAUAUAAAGCAAGAAUUAAUUGCGUUAGUCAAUAAUCAUGAAGAGACAAGACGUCUUGUUCAUUUUAUUGAGCCAACUAUGUAUCCUAUGAUGCAAUCACAACAAUCCUAUAUACAUCCUCCUUUACCAAAUGAAGAGCAACUGUGGAUGCAAACCUCGGGAUAUAUAAAUCCAACAAAUAUGAUGUAUUGUUCUAAUAACUUAACCUCCAACGAGCCUAUUGCUUGUGAUCUAUAUAUGAGUUAA